AUGUCUGAAAAGAUCCCUUACAAGGUUGCUGAUAUCUCACUUGCUGCUUUCGGUUUGAAGGAAAUCGAAAUUGCUGAAAAUGAGAUGCCCGGUUUGAUGGAAAUUGCCCGCAAAUACGGUCCUCUUCAACCUCUUAAGGGUGCCAGAAUUGCUGGUUGCUUGCACAUGACCAUUCAAACUGCUGUCCUUAUCCGUACCUUGAUUGCUCUUGGUGCUCAAGUUACUUGGUCUUCUUGUAACAUCUUCUCCACCCAAGACCACGCUGCUGCUGCCAUCGCUGCCUCCGGAGUUCCCGUUUAUGCUUGGAAGGGUGAAACUGAUGAAGAAUUUGUCUGGUGUAUUGAGCAAACUCUUUUCUUCCCUGACGGUCAACCUUUGAACAUGAUCUUGGAUGACGGUGGUGACUUGACCAACAUUGUCCACGAAAAGUACCCUCACUUGAUCCCUGGUAUCAAGGGUCUCUCUGAAGAAACCACCACUGGUGUCCACAACUUGUACAAGAUGUUCAAGAACGGUAAGCUCAAGCUCCCCGCCAUCAACGUCAAUGACUCCGUUACCAAGUCCAAGUUUGACAACUUGUACGGUUGCCGUGAAUCCCUCGUCGACGGCAUCAAGCGUGCCACCGAUGUCAUGAUUGCCGGUAAGGUUUCCGUUGUCGCCGGUUACGGUGAUGUCGGUAAGGGUUGUGCUGCUGCCCUCCGUGCCUUCGGUUCUCGUGUCAUCGUCACUGAAGUUGAUCCUAUUAACGCUCUCCAAGCCUCCAUGGAAGGUUAUGAAGUUACUACCAUGGAAGAAGCUGUCCAAGAAGCUCACAUCUUCGUCACCACCACCGGUUGUCGCGAUAUCAUUGUCGGUCGUCACUUUGAAGCCAUGAAGGAUGAUGCCAUUGUUUGUAACAUUGGUCACUUUGACGUUGAAAUCGAUGUUGCCUGGUUGAAGGCCAACGCUGCCUCCGUUGUCAACAUCAAGCCUCAAGUUGAUCGUUUCACCAUGAAGAACGGUAAGCACAUCAUUCUUUUGGCUGAAGGUCGUCUCGUCAACUUGGGUUGUGCCACUGGUCACCCCUCUUUCGUCAUGUCCAACUCUUUCUGUAACCAAGUUUUGGCUCAAAUCACUCUCUGGACUGAACCCGAAAAGUGGACCGUUGGUGUUCACGUUCUUCCCAAGAAGUUGGAUGAAGAAGUUGCUCGUUUCCACUUGGAAAAGCUCGGUGUUAAGCUUACCACUCUUUCUGAUGUCCAAUCCGAAUAUCUUGGUAUCCCUGCUGAAGGUCCUUACAAGCCUGACCACUACCGUUACUAA